AUGAGGAUACUGAAGACAGGUACGGCCUUGACCCGUCAUCCCGUCUUGGCCGUCGCCUCGGCUGACCCACAAAAGCGCUCGUCCGAGAGACAUUCAUUCCGAAUCCGUCACUGUUAGCCAAUCACUUCUCCGGCUUUCCACGCCUAAUUUCAUGCUCUUCGCAACAUUUUCUCUAUGUAUUUUUUUCGCUCAACGCUUUCUGUACUUUCAUAACUCUUCGUAAAAUUUUACACCGUGAUAAAAUAAUAGAACAAUGUAUGAAAAAUUAGAAGAGUUCAAAAACAAGAAAGCAAUUUUUGCUUCUGAGAUCUCCUUGGCUCUUACAUUUCAAAUUUAAUUCGUUUACCCGUUUUCUUAAGACUGAAAAAAUUAAAAAUGAAUGGACGUUUACUGAGAAAGACUUGAACUCAUAAUAGCCGAUUUUCAUUCCCAAACUUCUCAUUUUCUGUUUAUGUGAACUUUUUCUCAUUGUUUCACAAGUCAUUUUUGUCAGAUAUGAUCUCUCUUUUGGUGUUUCUGGUGGCUGCGUCAUUCGUCGAGGCCGCCGUACCCGUCCGUGGCACCAUGUGCUCCAAGAACCAGGUUUGAGCUCGUCUUCAGAUUCUUUCCACGAACGUCUGCUAUUACAGGUUGUCCGAAAACUCACAGUUUACGAGGACGGAGCUCUGGAGGCCGAGUGCGGCCCAGUUCCUUGUGGCGAGGCUGGCAGACGAUGCAUCGAGGUAUUUUCCAAUAAAUUGGGCGCUGACUACAUUUGUAAUAUAAAAUAGCUAUGACUUUCAAAAUCGUUUCUCGAACGUGAUUUCUAUUGUAUAUAUCAGCCUUUGUUUUCCAGGAUCAAACGUCUUGUCGGGCGGAGACUGACGUCUUCUCUGGUAUGCGCUGGGCAGCCAACGGUGAAAGGUGAUUUUUCAAAAGUUGGAACUAAGUCUAUCAUUUCUUAUUUCACAAAAUUCAAUCUGUGAAAAUAAUAUGAAGCUUGAAAAUCUUUUGCAACAACGAAGCGAGUUUUUGAGAAAGUAAAAAUUUGUUUUCAGUAUUUUGAUGCGUUGCUGCACAAUGAAGACGAAGGAGAAGAUCUACGUCGGCACAGACAUCGUGUCCGCCGGCUCGUUCUACGAGGGAGGACCGGUUUCUGAAAAAGACCUUUACGGAUCCGAAGGCGGCUCUGAGUACGACUUCAUCGCCAACGCCAGAAUCGAGCAGUCAGUUUGAGCCAAAGCGCCAUUCCAACCUUUGGAUUUUUUGCAGAGGCGGCGUCCGCGUCUGGGUCUACCGUAUGAUCUGCAAGCCAGGAGAAAAGCCAAUCGACUUCGAGCCAAUCACCACACCGGCUCCUUUUGAACCAGACGUCGUAACGGUGAGUUCUAAGAAAUCUCGAAGAUGUGCAGGGUAGUGACUUCGUUUUUGCACAAAACUACGGUUCGAGUUUCGAUAGAAUCCGUUUCCAAUAAAUUCCGUUCCUCACAGACCCGACUUCCCACCACGACUACCACCACGGAAGCACCAGUUAUGGAGGAGUCUCAGGAUGAGAAAGAGGAAGAAACCGAGUCUGACAACGAAAAGACGACGUGAGCCUUAAUCCCAUCAAAAUUUGAAGAUCUCUUUUUUUCGUAGGGAAGACGUCGGAGCAACAGAAGAUGAGGAAGAAAGUGAGGACGAAGGAGAAGAGACUGAGGAACCAACAACGGUGAGUUGACAGAAUCGCAUAUCCGAUAUAAACGUGUACUUUACCCUGUUUUCCAAUAUUCGAACUACUACUAUAUAUCACAAUCCUGGAUUUUUCAGACGACGCUGGAACCAAGAGCUUUCAAUCCUCUGCGCUACCGACCGCCUCAUGUCCCUCGUUCUACCGGUGUCCGACGAGCCUGA